GCUAGCUCCCUCCCUCCCUCCCGAUUAUUCUUGAGAAAAGAGCAAAACAGAACAAUGGUGUCUGUGACGUCUCUAAGCUUUUCCUUGUUUCCAGUACUAUUUUUCCUUGUGCUCUCAGCUUCUUCCUCCUCCGCAGAUUCAUCUUUUUUAAUUCUUCAAGGAAAAUUCAUCCAAUGCCUCUCUCUUCAUUCAAAUAUUUCCAUACCAAUAGCCACCGCUUUUAUCACCCCAAACAAUUCUUCCUUUGCAAGUGUCCUUGAAUCCACUGCACAAAACCUCAGGUACUUGCUCCCUUCGGUGCCAAAGCCCAACUUCAUCUUCUUGCCGGUGCAUGAAUCCCACGUCCAAGCUGCGGUGAUCUGUUCCAAGGAGCUCCAAAUACAUCUCAGAGUCCGCAGCGGAGGCCACGACUACGAGGCCCUCUCUUAUGUCUCCCUAAUCGAGACGCCUUUCUUCAUUCUUGACCUGUCAAAGCUCAGAUCCAUAAAUGUCGAUAUAAAAGAUAAUAGCGCAUGGAUUCAGGCCGGUGCCACUAUCGGCGAAGUUUACUAUAGAAUUGCUGAGAAAAGCAACACCCGCGGCUUCCCGGCCGGCCUUUGCACAAGCUUAGGCGUGGGCGGGCACAUUACCGGAGGUGCAUACGGUUCCAUGAUGAGAAAAUACGGCCUUGGUGCUGACAAUGUCUUAGAUGCUCGGAUUGUUGAUGCUAAUGGCAGAAUUCUUGACCGGAAAGCCAUGGGGGAAGAUCUUUUUUGGGCUAUUAGAGGUGGGGGAGGAGCAAAUUUUGGAAUCAUUCUUUGGUGGAAGAUAAAUCUGGUUCCUGUUCCCCCAACCGUCACAGUUUUCACUGUUACUAAAACCUUAGAACAAGGCGCAACAAAGAUCCUCCACAAAUGGGAACAAGUUGCCAGUGAUCUUGAUGAGAAUCUGUUCAUCAGAGUCAUCAUUCAAUUGGCCAGUGCUGGUGGGAAAGGUGGAAGAACAGUGACAACUUCUUACAAUGCUCUGUUUCUUGGUGGUGCUGAUGCUCUGCUCCAAGUUAUGAAAAAAAGCUUCCCGGAGAUGGGCUUGACACGAAAAGAUUGUACAGAAAUGAGCUGGAUUAAAUCCGUGCUCUAUAUUGCUGGGUUCCCAAGUGGAACACCCCCAGAAGUUCUGCUACAAGGGAAGUCCACAUUCAAGAACCAUUUCAAAGCAAAAUCAGAUUUUGUGAAAGAAGCCAUACCAGAGACUGCGCUUGAGGAGCUCUGGAAAAGGUUACUGCUAGAAAAUAGCCCUUUGCUGAUAUGGACUCCAUAUGGGGGAAUGAUGAGCAAGAUUUCAGAGUCGGCAAUUCCUUUUCCUCACAGAAACGGAACCUUGUUCAAAAUCCAGUACCUUUCCUUGUGGCAGGAUCCUAAGGAGAAGGCAAUGCCGCAUAUGGAGUGGAUUCGGAGGCUUUACAAUUACAUGGCUCCUUAUGUUUCCACGCUUCCAAGGCGUGCAUAUGUGAAUUACAAGGAUCUCGAUUUGGGGGUGAACCUGGACAAGGAGGGCAGCUUCACAGAGGCAACUGCUUGGGGGAGCAAGUACUUCAAGGACAACUUCAACAGAUUGGUAAGAGUGAAGACCAAAGCUGAUCCAGAUAACUUCUUCAGGCAUGAACAGAGCAUCCCACCUCUUCCACACGUACUGUGAAAAGGCUACAUCUUCAUAUUAAUAAAAUUGAAGAAUAACCAUACAUAACUGGGUGGCGGGUGGUGCCAGACCAUCUUUAUUGUGCUUUAAAUGGAAGUUAAGAGUCGCAAUGCUGAAAAGAAAAUUACAAAAUUAGUCUUUAUUUGUAAUUAGAAGAGCAUAUUAUGGUUAAUAUAUUAUAUGGGUAUUUUGGUCUU